AUAGGAACUAAUAAAGAGACCCGCGGUCCCAUCCCAUAGAAGGGCUAUAUAUAUUAGUUUCUCUUCAAAGUUCAAACUCGUGCUAUCUUUUCUUAAUUUCUUGUUCUACUUGUUUUAUUUCUUUCACCAAAAGAAGACAUGGUGGUGGCCUCGCCAACCCCAAUUCGAAUCGAAAAAAUACGGGACAUUGGACUUCCAAUCAUAGACCUUUUGGCCGAGAGGUCACAGGUUUCAAAACUCCUAGUGAAAGCAUGUGAAGAAUUUGGUUUUUUCAAGGUGAUCAACCAUGGAAUCUCAGAUGACACUAUUAAGAAAAUGGAAGAAGAAAGCUUCCAGUUUUUCACAAAACCGGCUUUGGAGAAACAGCAAGCAGGGCCUGCUGAUCCAUAUGGUUAUGGCAGCAAGAACAUAGGAUUUAAUGGAGAUAUAGGAGAAGUUGAAUAUCUGCUUCUUCGUACUGAUUCUCUCUCCAUCUCUCACAAGUCAAAAACUAUAUCCAGUGACCCUAACAAGUUCAGUUUUGCAGUGAAAGGUUAUCUAGAAUCAAUUAAGAACUUGGCAUGUGAAAUCUUGGAUCUGAUGGCUGAGAGUUUGCUGAUCCCGGAAACCUCAGUAUUCAGCAGGCUAAUCAGGGACGUUGAUAGUGACUCGCUUCUCAGGCUUAAUCACUAUCCACCAUUCAAUCCCAAGAAUGAUGGUGACACGCCAGCAACCUCUUUCCACCAUCAGAUUGGGUUUGGAGAGCAUACUGAUCCACAGAUCUUGACUAUCUUGAGAUCCAACUGUAUAGAAGGCCUUCAAAUCUCAUUGGAAGAAGGUGUUUGGGUCCCUGUCUCUCCUCAUCCAAAUACAGCCUUCUGUGUAAACGUGGGUGACUUGUUACAGGCUAUGACAAAUGGAAGGUUUUUGAGCGUGAGACAUAGAGCUGUAGUGAACUCAUACAUGUCAAGAAUGUCAAUAGCAUACUUUGGGGCUCCAUCACCACGUGCGAGGAUUUCUUGUCUCCCUAACUUAGUUGCAACUCAGAAGCUUCCUCUGUAUCGAAGCUUCACUUGGGCAGAAUUUAAGAGGACUACAUAUUCUCAGCAACUCAAAGAAAGUCGUCUUGACCUUUUCAAGAUGAUAAAUGAUGAUCCAAAUGGAGAAUGAGUCGAUUGGACAUGGUUUGUUUGCCUUCAAUCUGUAAGGGUGAUUUCGAGCAACAUAAUCCAUGAAGUUUUUGUAAGCUCUUUACGCUCUCCACCGAGAGAGUUCAUUUCUUCACUACCAUGCUCCAGAUUUUACUGCUUAAUCUUGAACAAUUGUUACUUAUUGUCUUGUAU